ACGGGCAUCAUGAUUGCCAACCUCACUCGCCUAAGACAGCUCCCGGGAGGAGGACUUGGGACCGCCAUCAUCGCCGAAGGCGCUUUCCUUCCGCUUCCUCGCCAUGACCAGGACGCGCUCAACCACUUUCUUAAACCGAAGCCUCACCUUCUGCUGGAGCUGUCAUCGCGCUGGAACUUCCUUCCGUCAUCGUGCAUGGCCGAAGUCCAGGUCUGCCCGGACUGCAUCUCAGCCGGCAUAUUGGCUCUACACGGAGCUGACAUGACUUUCUUCAGAUACGUCGAUGUCAAAUUUAAGAUGAUGUAUGCAACUCUACUGAAACUCAGUUUCGACGAAGCUCCAUCAGCUCUGCUCGCCAGUAUUCAAGCUCAACUUAACCUCCUGGAUACCGGACGACUCAUAUUUCCAUGUAGUAAUUAUACAGGAUUCAACCAAGCACUAACAUACGGCCUCACCCAUUUAUGAAGUGUCUGUAAUGUAGUUAUAUUUUUAUUAUGUCUUAGGACUGCUCAUAAGACGUAUGUGAUGUCUAGUUUUCUUUUCUGUUUUAGGCCUACAUGUAAAAUAUUCACAACGUUUUUAGUUUUGUCCAGACUGGCUUGGGUCGACUUUUUCCAAGUGAGUUGGAACUCCAUUAUUUUGGAGACUCUGUGUGAGAUGAUCCAUUUAAAAAACAUUUACUCUGAAGCGGGUCUUACUGUUCUUCACUAUGAUAGAAGUUACCAAAGUUAUCAGGAUGUUUACUUGUAUAAUCUGUACAUGCAAUACACAAAGACGAUAUCGUGUGGAAAAGGAAAACUGCCACAAGACAAGAAUUUCAAUUAUUUUAAAGGAACCAAAGGGAAGGGUCUUUGUUUCCUCUAGGCAUCCUCUUAAUAUUUCUUGUUUUCUCCUUUCGUCUUCCUUUCUUUUUUCUUCUCUUUCUUUUUUGGCUCUCAUUAUUUUUAUGUCUUUUUCUCUUUCUUUUUUUCUGCUCUCUCUCCUCUUUUUGUAUUUUUUCCGUCACUUUCUUUCUUCAUUGAGUGGCCCAACAACUCAAGGGGCUGUCCAGGAUGCUAUACAAGCUAAACACACUCCUCUUUCAAUGAAAAUAUUUAAUUUCAUAAUACCCAAUUUCCCGCUGCCGCUAACCUUCGCUUAAAGCCAUCUGAAGACUCUCAGCAAUGAGCAUGUAAAACGAUUCAGGUAUGGGUACGUAAGAAUUGUAUUAUUUUUUUAAGGAAUCAUUUACAACAAUUCAAACGCAUUUCACUCACCUUUGAUUACAGGUUUAAUGGUUUACGAAUAAUUUUCAUAUUGUCAUCGGAAUAUGCUGCACAUCAUGCCAUACUUCCAUCCAUGGGUUAAAAAACAUUUUUGAUACUGAAAUUACGUCUUUUGUUUGGUGGUUUAUCAAUUAAGUGCUUGUAACUCAAUUUCCAUAAAAGAAUCUGAUUGUUAACUCAUGUCUCAUCAUGCUUUUAGUAUCAACCCUCUAAAAGUCUAUAUAUAUAUCAAUAUAUAAGAGCAUUUUAAUGCAGUUGAAUUAAUGUUAUACGAAACCGGUUUUAAUAUUACCAUUAUCAUAUUCAGAAGAUUCCUGUUUUUUCAGACUCUGUCCUAUAAUCACAACUAUUUAUUUGUUUCUUUUCUUUUACUAGUCUGAAUAUGAAAAGGAAAGUCAUAUUUUAUCUUUAAGUUUAGCAGCCACAUGUUUCAUCUACUGGAAUCUAAAAUGGGUGGUGUGUACACACACACACACACACACCCCCUCUGCUAUCAGUCACCAUCAAAUUCCCAAUGUGACCUGACUGGGAACUACACAGCAAACUUUAUAUCUCUUGCAUACCCUGUUACAAACCCAACAGGAUAAGGCCAGAUUUAUUUGUUGAUACAGAAGUGAUAAGACAUUGGGGGGCUAUGUAAAGCGCACUGGAAUUUUCUGAAUAUAUCUCUGAGUGACUGAUCUAAUCAAUUUACCAGAUGGGUUAAUUACAACUUUGUACAACAAACCAUUGGGCUUGACAUGAUAAUCUCCCUCUUUAUCUGUAACCUAUUUCAGAUUAAAAAAAAAAUAUUCCUACACUAUGUACAAUGCAGUCCAAUAUAACCAAUAGAUAGGAUUGCAAUCCUAGGGCAACUUUAGUUCAUCCAAUGAUCAAAAGUUAGGUUGCUUUGGUGAAACCCCCCAAAAGCAAGCCUGGACAAAUUUCCAGUGAACCAUCAACCCAUUAAACAGGCCAAUGAGCAAUCAAAACAUAACCUCCACAUGAACAGUUUACUUUGUAAGGAUACAUAGUCUUAAUGUUAACUUGGAUGUCAAUCUUCCCAGGCCAUCCAAAUCAAAAACAGAAUACAGAAAGUGCUAUAUAUGCUAGUUUAUUCAUUCUCCCUCUUGAACACACUGUAGCCUGAUUCCCUGCUAUCUCUAACAUAUCAAAAAGAUCUUUCAAAUAAAUGAUACAAUAAAUGGAAAUUAACUAUAAAACCUCCUUGCCUGGGGCAAAUGUUAAGGAAGAGUAAGUUUAUGAAGAAGAAUGAGAAAGAGUAAGAGGACAAACAAUAUCCUUUGCCUGUGUUUAGUGCUAGGGGAUGGAAAUGUUAUACAGAUAGUCCCCUACUUAAGAACAUUCUACUUAUGAACAUUCCAUACAUACAAACAAAAUUUUUUAAGUACUAAAGUCCAAAAAAUUGUUUGAAAGAUGCUAGCAAACUUCAAAUUUCCCAGGCACGAAUAUAGUUGAAGAGUCUGGUACUGUAUAAGGUAUGUUGUACUUAUUGGGAU